AAAAUAUGGAAGUACAGGGAAACCACAUCAUCUUGACGAUCUUCUGUCCAGUCUAAAAUUAGGUCAGUUUCAUUGGCGAAUGCUGGCCCUUGUUGGAGGUGGUUACUUUGCAGUUUGCUCUGAGAUGAUGCUCUUCAUUUUCCUGAGCACUCCAAUAAGAAAAGAAUGGGACCUUGAUACAAUGCAUUUUCCUUGGCUGCCAUUUUGGUGAGACCUAUUUGAAAUCAUGUUAUUCUUUAAUUGAUUGAAAAUAUUUAAAUGUGCAGUCCUCUUAACAGCUAUCAAAUUUAUUUCAUUUUAGUUGUAAAUAAAGCUAAAAGUUUAAAGAUAAUUAAUAUUAGUCCCUUUUGACUUUAAUAUUAUCUUUUGUGUAUGGAAAUUUCAGCUCUGGCAUAACUGGUAUUAUCGGUGGUUAUGCUGCUGGAACCAUAAGUGACAGAUGUGGACGUUUGCUACCAUUUCUCUUUGGUAUUGUUUUCAUAGCUAUCUUUGGAUUAUUGUCUGCAUUUGCACCAUCUUUUCCUUUAUUUAUUGCAUCUCGAUGCAUGGUUACAGUGGGAACCGGAGCAUUUGAAGCUGUUGGAUUUGUCUUAUUAUUGGGUUUGUUCUCCUUAUUUUUGAGUUACCAGUGAAGAUUAAAUAAUUUUUGACAUUCUAUUUAUAUUAGCAGUUUGAAAAUUGUUUUGUUUGCCUUUUAAAAAAGUCAAUUUUGCAUUCAUAGUUUUAAAGUUGUUUAAAAAAAUAUGUAGAAAAUUAUCUCAUUAUUCUCAUAUGUCAUUGUAGUCAAAGAAAUAUUACAUCUUUAUACUUGUAGAGUUCCUACCAAGGCAUCAACGAGGUGCCAUCCUUGUAGUAGUGACCUUAUGUGGAGCAUUAGGUGCUGUCCUUGCAGGUGGCUUUGCUUGGCUCAUUCUCCCACGAUUUGGUUGGCGAUGGUUUGUUGGAGCUUGUGCUGCCCCAGCUAUUUUACUAUUAGGCUAUCAACCAUUUGCAUUCUUUGAAAGUCCAAGAUUCUUAUUCACCAUUGGAAAAAAAUCAAAAGCCCUAAAAGUUUUGAAGGCCAUGGGGAGAAUAAACAAAUGUGAAAUACCUGAUCUAGGUGAGAUUAACUGUGUCAUAUAUUAUUAAGAAUAAGCAUGUAGCUCAAUGGUCCUGAUCUGUCUUAAAAGAAAUCAAGUUUUUUUGUUGUUGUUGUUGCCAGUACCUUUUGUGCUUUCUGUUAAUUGAAUGAGUGAUUUUAAAAUGCAUGCACACUGAGAUUUGCAGGUCAAGUUAACUGAGCAUUUUUGUAUACAUUAGGGGACCCUUUCUUUCAUUUAAUUCAUCUGAAAAUGAAUAACUUUAGCCAUCUAUUUUAAUCCUCAAUUUACUUGUCUUAAAUAGAAGCAAGUUAUUUGUACUUUUCAUUUAUAUUAGGAAUUUAAUAUAGAUUAUAACUGAAUUUUUUAAAUCGAUUAAGCUAUUUGUAAUAAAUAUCAUUUAGCACUUGUUUGAUAUAUGGUAAUUUUUGAAAUAGAGAAUAGAAAAAUAUGUAAAAGAGCAAUAAAUCCUGUUCCAAAAAAUAAAAUAUAAAUAUGUUGCAGAUAAAUAUUAAUCUAGUCACAGCCUCAUAUAAAUAUUCCAAAGCAUGACAAAUAUAAAUACUGACAAGAGAAAAAAAUAUCCUCAAAAACAAUGAUUUUAGUAUGAUUUAUGUUGUACCGGUAUCAAUUGAAAAGUAAAUGAAAGACAAAACAAACAUUUAUAAAUUAUUUAAAUCAUAGUCUUUAAAGAAAAUGAUUUCAAAGUUUUAUACUUCCUUGUAAAGUACCAUAUUAUGUCCAUCCCUUUUUAAAUUUUCUAAUUAAUUGUGCUAACAGCCUUCCAUAAAUUAUAACUUCUUUAACUGGAAGUGAAAGUUUAGCAAUUUUACAUUAACUUAUAGGUAAAUAAAAAAAAAAGAGAAUCUCAAGAAGACUUAAUUUCAAAAGCUUAAAUAUCUACACUCUUCUAACCAAAACACAUGUUUCAAAGGCUCAUGUUUUUGAUAGUCAGUGGGUAAAGAGUUAAUUUAAUAAAUCAAUUUGAUUCUUUGUAAUUAAUAACAACUGAUGUUCUGGCAUCAAUAGUGAAACAAGUUAUGUUUAUGCUUGAAACAUCUGUUUAACUGUUAUCUCAUAUCUUGUUGCUCUAUUUAUUUAAUUCACUUGGCUUGAAUGCUGUCCUCUAUAUAUUAUGAUGAAGUCUAACUCAUUUUCAUUUCAGAUAACAUUAUAUGUCCAGUUUCUGAUAAGCCAAAAGGUCGGCUUAUGCAGCUAUUUACAGGAGAACUAAAAAUCCGAACUCUAGUAUUUUCUUGCAUCUGGUUUCUUCAAGCUGCGGGCUACUGGGGUGUGACAGCUUACCUGCCCGAGUACAUGGCUAAAUUAGGAGCAGAGUUUUAUUUCAACGUAUUUUCAGUGUUCAUUGGUGAGAUCCCUGGUUUAUUUCUGGCCAUGAUUCUCAUUGAAAGAUACAUGUUGGGCAGGGUCCGCACUCUAAGAUUUUUUUCUGCUUUCACUGCUAUAGCCUUGCUGUUGUUUAGCUUUAUUCCAGAGCAUGCAUUCAAAUCUGUGCUGAUCAUUUUGUGUUACUUUAGCAUGGUUCCAAUUUACUCAAUAUUAAAUGCAUUUACACCAGAGCUGUAUCCAACUGAUGUCCGGAGCACAGCCAUGGCAUGGAUGAAUAUCGUUAUAGAAAUUCCAGGCUUGAUAACUCCGUUUGUUGGAGCAACUUUGGUAUCUUGUGACAUACCCUGGGUCUAUCCACUAACAUGGGGCUGCUUAUUUGUUGUUCAGUGUGUUUUUACGUUUGCUAUAAAAACAGAAACAGCUGGU